GAAGAAUUUAAUGGUUAGGAGUUAACCUCUGCGAUCUGUGGUUAUGCAAAGCUAAAAUUCCUCUCUUUAAAGUUUCUUGCUUACCAAAUCUGUCAUGAGUCGUUCUUGGAAAAACAACCCCAACAGGCCUCCGGUCGGCUUUGUCUACUUCAACCCUGAAAACUCUCAAUCUAGUGCUAGUGGGGCUUCUAUGGAAACAUCAGACUUUGUCAGUUUCGAAAGCAGUACCACGAAUGAGGAGUCUCCACAUGGCAAGCGCAUGUUCCUGAACUUUUCGCCCCACAACUGCAGCAGCCCCCGGCCGUCGCCCCACAAAACCAACUACAGAUCCCCCAGGCCGCCCUUCUAUUCUCCAGUUUAUGAAAGAGGACAAAGGGGCUCAUGGAGGAAAAACUCAGGGCUGACCAGGCACUCACCUAAUAGUUUCGAGGAACGAGGGAACUGCAGCAGGAAUUUCAGCUUCAAAAGGGACCCGAAUUCAAGCAGGACGCAGCACACAGAUGGGUCUGUGUUCUUCGAUCCGUCAUGUUUAGAAGACCCCUGGCUCGAACUAAGUGAAGAAUACGAGAAAAAGCGAAAUGAAACUUUAGACCAGUUCCCCAAUGAAUCGUCCAGCAGCAAUCAGUCUGAUGAAGAGUCAGACACGGAGAUGAAACAGCCGUAGAAAGUUCCCGUAGGGCCACAUGAAAGGAACUUUUGAAUACCAAAGGAAUGUCGGGUUACCCAGACCGAAGGAACCUGAAGCUACUUCAAGUCAUACCUUUAAUUUUCCAUAUUUUACAGGAAGGAUUAUUCUUAACUUAAAUCAACUGAUAUACAAUAGUGGCCACAAAAAUUAGUUUCUACGAGCAUUUAACAGCUAAGAUAAAUUGUCAAUAUAUCACAAGAGCAGUAUUACAUUAUAAAGACUUUCUCCACCGUUUUGUAUGAAAACAGCUCUUUGGUCUUGGGGCAAAUGACGUGACCAUCGUUUUCUUUUGCCAUGUGAGCGAGUGCCUGAAACGAACUAAUUAAACGAAAUCAAUCGAA